CAGAAGACCAGCUUGUUAAAAAAUGUUGAGUAUGUAGGAGAUCAUCCCCAAUUUCUUACUCUGCAUAAUUUGACUACAAAUAAAAUCAAAUUAAUGAAUGAUGAUACUCUGGUGAAUGUGUUAUACAUCACACAACAGUUCGCUGUUAAGGCCCAUGAUCCAUUAAUUCAAGCACUAGUUACAGAAGCGUGGAAAAGGAUGGAAAGUAGGUUUGAUAUUAAAGUACUAUCCACAUUUUCCACUUGCCUAGCAGAUCAGCGUUUGUAUUUCAGUCCACUAAUGGGAAAAAUAGCUGAUAUUGUAAAUAGGAACUUGGAAACCAUACAGGACUUAAGGUCCUUGUGUGUCUUGAUGGUCAACAUAUCUUCUUUAAUAUCACAACAUUUUCAAGAACAAUUAGUGAAUAAAACARAGCUUCUUUUUGACAACAUGAGUUCUCCUGAGGUCGACAUUGCAAAAAGAAUAGUACAAUUUCUUCAAAAUGUUAAAUUUAGAUAUUACCCUCUAUUAGAGAGGUGUAAUAAAGUGUUUUUAGAUAACAUGAACCACCUUGAUUUGGAUUCCRUCAGUAAAAUAUUUGAUGGAUAUCAAUUCCUACAGUUUUAUAGUUUUGAAUUUGUUAUAGUGGCUAAAAAGAGGCUAACUGAGAUGAUUCCUCUCUUUGAUAACCCUGCAAGCUUUGUGAAAUUGUUUGUUGCAUUGGGACCAGUGGCAGGACCUGAAGAAAAGAAACAAAUUGCUUCAGUUUUGUAUAAACAUUUGGAUAACUAUAAACCAGUAGAGUUACUGAAGAUAACUCAGGCAUUAAUUUUUCUACAUUUUCAAAGUAAAGCRCUUUUUGUGAAACUCAGAGAAUUGCUGCUUAGUUAUUUGAAAGUUAGUGUCAUACCGAGUGAGAUUUCCAUCCUGGUCUAUGCUAUUUCCAUGCUUCCUUCUCCUCACCUAGAUGAAGCAUCAGUAUCCCGAAUUGAAGCAGUUUUACCACAGUGUAACCUAUAUGGCUUGAAUGAUUUUGCCACAUCUGUUUUAAGAUGGAUUCAGUAUGAUCACAUGCAUAUGARUAGCAUUACUGGGAAACAACUGAAACUACUUCAAAAAUUAGAUCACUACAGUCAUCAGAGAUUACAACAAAGCAACAAUUUAGAUCUGUUAUGGGAGGAAGUUAAAUCUUUAAAAGAAGACUGGUUUCGUGAAUCUCUUGUUGAAGAAACAAUUGCAGCUUUACAUCGUUUGAUGGAUGGAAUGAAUUGUAUGAACGUUUCAAAGAUUGCAUCUUUUAUAUCUAGAACUAACUACCUCAGUACUUUGCUACUUGAUAAGAUAGCCUCAGUGGUUAUUGAGCAGAUUGAAAAGAUCCAUCCUUUUUCAAUUCUUGCUAUUAUUCUUCCAUUCAGCAUUUUGAACUAUGAUCCACCUCAAAGGAAUGAAUUUUUGGGGACAUGCAUGCAAUGCCUUAAUUCUCACUUAGGUACAUUGGAUCCUGUUAUGUUAGUGUUUCUUGGUUUCUCUUUGGCAACCCUUGAAUAUUUUCCAGAAAAUUUGCUAAAGACAAUUUUUAACAUCAAAUUCUUAGCAAGAUUAGAUUCUCAACUUGAAAUUUUACCAUCAUCUCUACGUUCAAGGGUCCAGUUUCGUCUUAUGGAAUUAAAUAGAGCAGUCCGCUUGGAAUGCCCUGAGUUUCAAAUUCCAUGGUUUCAUGAACACUUCUGUCAACAACACUAUAAUAAAGAUACUGGCAGCAUGAAUGGAGCACAACUGCAAAUUUAUAAAAUGUUAGCAGAGGUACUAGGAGGAAUCAAUUGUGUAAAAGCCUCUGUUCUUUCGCCUUAUUACCACACAGUAGAUUUUGAAUGUAUCUUGGAUAAAAGAAAAAAACCUCUUCCUUAUGGAAGCCAUAAUAUAACUUUGGGAAAACCACCAGGAAUGUACUGGGAAUCAAAUACCCAAAUAGUUGGAUCAAGUCUUCCACCAGGAGCUGAAAGGAUUGCUUUCGAAUUUUUGGAUUCAAAAGCUUUUUGUAGAAAUGUCCCUCACAUAAAAGGAAAAUCUGCUAUGAAAAAACGACAUUUGGAAAUUUUGGGAUAUCAUGUCAUUCAGAUCCCUCAUUUUGAAUGGAACUCUAUGGCACUGUCAAAAAAAGAUGCUCGGUUGGACUACUUAAGAGAACAUAUAUUUGGAGCAGGCAAAUCAUGAUUGUAAUUUUUAUUAAAAAUGAGUUCUUAUGGUGUGUCACAUAUGUAUGUAUUUUAAUUAAGUGGACUGACUCAUUAAAAAAAUAGUAGGUGCAAAUAUGCUGAGGUGGCAGAACAAGUGGGAAGUGGGGUGGGAGUAUGAUAAAAGGAAAGUAAGCAGUAACAGUCAAUAUUCCAACCUCAUAGCCUCUCUUAGUGAGAUGAGAAGCCAUUGGAGGGUUUCAAGUGAGGAAUGAUGAAAACUCACAUUUUAACUGCAUCACACUAGUUGCUCUGUUGAGAUGAGAAAAAAUUACUAAGGAACAAAUGUAUCAGCAGGCAAGAAGUGGAUUGUGACUAUUUAAAGAACAUUUCAAUACUCCAAGCAAGAAAUGGAUGCUGGCUUGGAUAGAAUAGUAGCAGUGAGUGUAAUGAAAAGUGGUUUUCACAAUGUAUUUUGAAAGUAAAGGCAACAGAAUUUGCUUACUGAUGGAUAUGAGGGAAGAGAGAAACAAAAUUCAAUGGUAAUACUAAAUUUUUGUCCUGAGCAACUAAAAAGCUAUUGCCAUUAUGGGGAAGUCUAUAGGAUGAGCAAGAUGGGAAGUAGGCAUUGGUGAAGGAUCAUGAGUUUGUUUUAGACAUGUUGAGUUUAUAAUACUUUUUAACAUCUAAGUGGAGAUAUCAAACAAUUCAGUAAAUGAGUUAGGAAGUAAGGAGAGAGAGUUCCAGGCUGCAGAUACAAAUUUGAAAAUUGUCAUUGGUAUUUAAUGCCGCAAGACUAGAUGAAAUCACUUGAGAGUAGAGAAAUGUGUGAGGAGAUACUUGAGGACUAAGCUCCAGAUGCUCCUGCAUUAAGAGCUUAAGAAGAAACAGCAAAGGAGGCUGAGCAGGGGUGGCCAGUGAGGUAAGAAGAAAAGUCAGAGAAGGUAUUAAUACUUCCUGGAAGCCAAAGAUGAAGCAUUUAAAGGAAGAAGUGAGACAUUAUAUCAAAUACUGCUAAUAGAUUAGGUAAAUGGAAAUGCCCCUUAAUCUAACAACAUGAGUCUAAGCCUAAGAAAGGUCCUGGGUUUGCAUUGUCUUCACCCCCAUACAUACAAAAUGGCAACAUAAAAAUCACUAACUUUGAAAAAUGAUUUUUGUUAAGUUGUGUGUGAAAGCCUGUUUUCCAAGAGAAAGUAGGAGGAGACAUGAGGUUUCUUCUAAAUGGAAACAAAGAAAUAGGGUGGUAGUUUCAGUGGUCCAAUCUUGGCCUGGUCUGAUCUUUCACAUGCUAAGGUUAUAGUGAUUUUUUUUCUCUGUAUUUUAACACAUUUACAAUAAAGUAGUUAUGAAGGAUCUACUAUAUUAUAUAAUUCCUAGCACUUCCUUUAGGCCAUUUGGAAUGUGUGAGAUGAGUGAUGGGACUGACCAUCUGAAACUUGGCUAUCUUCUGACUCCUGGACCCUCUAAAUUCAUUCUCUUCUAUAGUUGGUAGCCAAAGUGCCUUCUGUUACAAAUGUAUUUUCUGCAUGUAAUUUGCUUCAUUGAUAUUUGGCUUGGGCUUAGUUGAAAUACAUGUAUAAAAUAUUCCCUGACUUUGCAUAACUUGAGUCCCAAUAUAUAAUGAUUUUGCAGAAGUGAACUUCAUAAAGUUUUUUGAAAACCAAUCAGAAUAGUAAGUAAGUAAAAGAUAACUCCUUGUAACCAUUUGUUAUGGUUUAGAUAUGAGGUGUCCCCCCAAAACUCAUAUGUUAAUGCAGGGAUGUUCAGAGGUAAAAUGAUCAGAUUAUGAGAACUAUAACUUAAUCAGUGGAUCGAUCCAUGUGAUGGAUUAAUAAUUUGAACAAACUAACCAGGUGGUCAACUAUAGGAAGGUGGGGCAUGCCAUAAGGAAGUAGGUUACCCCAGGCAUGCCUUUAGAGUUUAUAUUUUGUUCCUGAUGGCUCCUUCUCUCUGCUUCCUGGCUGCCAUGAGGUGAGCAACA